AUGUGCCGAUAUGUAGAUGUACUACACACAAAAAACUGGCGAUACACCUUUAUAUAUAUUUUUAAAAGUGUUAUUAGUGGAAUUACAUGUCAAGAUAGAUACAGAAUAAGAUAUAAGAGAAUAAUAGCUGGAAAAAAAGAAGAAAUAUGGAGAAAAACUUUUUCUAUACAAUUAGAACCAGCAUCAUCUGAUAAAAAGAAUGAGAAUUGUAGAAAAAAAAAACCAUUAGGACAGGAAAAAAAAAAUACUCAAAGUGUGGAUAAGUUAGCAUUUUUAUGUAGAAAAAUAACUAAAGCAUGGAAAACAACUAUUGUAGAGAUGGAAAAUACGUAUAAGGAGAAAACAAAAAAAAUGGACAAAGCAUGGAAACAGGAUAUGUGGACUAGGAAAUGGUCUAAGUAUUUAGAAAAUACCCAUAAAUUAAUAAGUUCUAAAUUGAAUAGUCCAGAUCUGUCCAUACGUGACAAGGAAAAAAUUGCAGAAAUAUGGAUAUUUUGGGCUAAAACAGAUUUUAAUGUUUUUUUAAAUCAUGUUAUAUCAGAAUGGAAUAGUAACUAUAAUACAAUCGAAGAAUCUGCUCAAGAAGUAGCAAAGAUGAAAAAAUAA